AUGGCGAUCCAGAAGAAGCAUGGUAAAGGUCGUUUGGAUAAGUGGUACCGCCUUGCCAAAGAGAAAGGGUAUCGAGCUCGUGCUGCGUUCAAGUUGGUCCAGCUGAACAAAAAAUAUGGCUUUUUGGAAAAGAGUAAAGUCCUUCUGGAUCUUUGUGCUGCGCCUGGUUCCUGGUGUCAAGUAGCUGCAGAAUGUAUGCCUGCACAGAGUAUCAUCGUCGGUGUUGAUCUCGCCCCCAUCAAACCCAUCCCUCGAGUGAUCAGCUUCCAAAGCGACAUCACAACGGAAAAAUGUCGCGCUACGAUUCGAUCGCACCUGAAACACUGGAAGGCGGAUACGGUUCUCCACGACGGUGCGCCCAACGUCGGUACGGCCUGGGUUCAAGAUGCGUUCUCUCAGGCGGAGCUGGUGUUGCAAUCGAUGAAACUGGCUACCGAGUUCUUGGCCGAGGGCGGUACCUUCGUCACCAAGGUCUUCCGAUCGAAAGACUACAACCCUCUUCUAUGGGUCUUCAAGCAGUUGUUCACCUCCGUCGAGGCCACGAAACCUCCCUCUUCUCGAAACGUCUCUGCCGAAAUUUUCGUCGUCUGCCGCGGCUUCAAGGCCCCCAAGCGUCUCGAUCCGAAGUUCCUCGACCCCAAGCAUGUGUUCGCCGAAUUGGCCGAUCCCACUCCCAAUAACGAGGCGAAGGUGUUCAACCCCGAAAAGAAGAAGCGUAAGAGAGAGGGUUACGAGGAGGGUGACUACACCCAGUACAAGGAAAUCCCAAUCACCGACUUCGUCAACACCACGGAUCCGAUCGCUAUCUUGGGAACAGUCAACAAACUCAGUUUCUCAGAACCACCAGGCGGUGAUAUCGGCCUGGCUACGAUCAACCGACUCGAAGAAACAACAGACGAAAUAAAGGUCUGCUGCGAGGAUCUAAAGGUGUUGGGUAAGAAGGAAUUCCGCAACCUGCUCCGAUGGCGUCUCAAGGUUCGCGAGAAGUUCGGUCUCAUCGUGAGGAAGGGUCAGCAUAAGAAAGAGGAGCCUCAAGAAGAAGUGGCUGAGAUUGCCCCAAUGGACGAGGAACUGGCCAUCCAAGAAGAUUUGCAGCGACUUCGCGACAAGGAGAGUACAAGGACCAAGAAGGAGCGACGGAAAGAAAACGAAAAGAAGCGCAAGGAAAUUCUCCGCCUGCAGAUGCAUAUGACGACUCCUAUGGAUAUCGGUAUGGAGCAGCUGGGUCCCCUUGGUGAGGAUGCCACCUUUUCGCUCAGGCGCGCCCAGAGAGGAGGGGUCACGGACGAACUUACCUCCGGUAAAGAGGCGCCGGUGGAGAGUGAUAGUGAAGACUCUGAAUCCGAGCCCGAAGACGACGACAGCGAUGAAGAGGGUGAUCGAUUAGAGAGGGAGCUCGACUCUCUGUACGAGCGAUACCAAGAGCGCAAGGAGGACGGAGAUUCGAAAUUGAAAGCCAAGAAGGCCCGCAAGAACUACGAGGCCGACGAAUGGGAGGGAAUUUCGGAUUCGGACAAGGAGGGACUUUCGGAUGAGGAAUCUGACUCCGGGGCCCUUACUACAAACGGAGAGUUCUCCAAGGGCGGAGCCCUCUCCAACAACGCUGCCAUGUUCUUUGACCAAGACAUCUUCCAAGGUUUGGAGGAUGUGGAGGAUGUUGAGGACGAGGACGAGGAAGACGCCGCUGAAGUGAAGAAACAGAACAGCAAACAAAAGAGCAAGGACACUGUCGCGGAGAAAAAGACCUCCAAGGACGCGGCCAAGGACAAGAAGAAGAAGGCCAAAAAGACAGAUGACUUCUCAGAUGACGAGGAUGAUGAUGAUGAGGCCGCGGACCUGGGAGAGGAUCCCAGGAAGCAGAAUGGUCAGCUCGACAUCGAUAUCAUCACCGCGGAAGCUAUGUCAUUGGCUCAUCAGAUGGCCACCGGCGAGAAGAAAUCCCAGGACGUCAUUGAUGAUGGUUACAACCGGCUUGCGUUCCGAGACGUUGACGGUCUUCCCGACUGGUUCCUCGAUGACGAGGGCAAGCACAGCCUAGCAAACAAGCCCAUCAGCAAGGCAGCAGCCGCCGCUAUCAAGGAGAAACUGCGUGCCAUCAAUGCCCGACCGAUUAAGAAGGUGAUGGAAGCCAAGGGCCGCAAGAAGUUCAAGGCCGCACAGAGGUUGGAGAAGCUCCGGAAGAAGUCCGCACUGAUUGCCGAGGACGAAGGACUCAGCGAGAAGGACAAGUCGCAGACCAUCUCCAGACUGAUGAGCCGGGCCACCAAGAAGAAGCCCAAGCAGCAAGUGAAGCUGGUUGUUGCCAAGGGAAACAACAGGGGUAUUUCUGGCCGUCCCAAGGGAGUCAAGGGCAAGUACAAGAUUGUGGAUUCUCGGAUGAAGAAGGAUAUCCGGGCGCAAAAGCGCCUUGCGGCGAAGAAGAAAUAA